AUGUCCAACUUAUUAGAUACUAUAGGACUAUCUUAUACUAUGCUUUCUGAUCACAAAACUCUUGAAAUAGAGCAGACACAAUUAUUAAAAAGACAAACCUCUCUAAAUAGUUUUUUGUCAUAUGAGGGUAUUACUGAAAGCGAAG